AUGGGUCGAAGAUGGACAAUGCAGUCGGCAGCGCAUAUACAGUUUUCCAUAAUGGCACUGAAGUGCAAACCUGGAAGUGCCAUAUGUCUCCGCACAAAUUCGGUCUUCCAGGCGGAAGCCCUUGCUUUGCUGAAAGCAAUAGAAUGGGCACAAACUACCACAGCAGAAGAUUUUACAAUCUAUACUGAUAGCCUAUCGGUACUAUACGCCAUCAACGACCCACGCCACACCUCCCCACUCGUGUCCCAAAUUCAGGAGACACUAAGAAAUACGAGUCCGGUCCAAAAAAUUGAAAUCUCUUGGGUAAAAGCGCACGUUGGUGCCCAGGGCAACGAACGCGCAGAUACCCUGGCAAAAGAGGCAGCACAGGACCGGGAUGCGGUGCAAAUAGACCCACCUUUACCAAAGUCACUUCUCAAGCGGCAGACUUGGCAGUCAGCUCUGUCGCAGUGGCAGCAGGAAUGGAACACGUCACCACAGAGUCGGCGAACUUUCGAAUUCAUACGAAAAGUGGACACGGAACGACUCAUAUCUGCGCCCUUCUUAACAAGAUUCAUCACAGGACAUGGGCCGUUUCCGACCUACUUCGCAGAGAGAAAUAUAUCCUCCACAGACCUAUGUGUCUGCGGAAAAAUCGGGUCCCCCGACCACUACCUGACGGAGUGUCAACUCACCACACAAUGGCACGUUAAACUCCCGUCGAAUAAUGUGGCCGCCUUUAAAAGAUUCGUGCUGAAACAACCACGACUUAUGGACAAAAUCAAAAAGAUCAUGGAUCACUUAGAAGUACUGGGGCAGGAGCUCUGCAGCCCUGCAUAG